AUGGACGCCACUUCGGGCAGCACCCACAGCGGGAAACGCACCGGCAACACCUCCCGGUGCCGAGCCGGGGACAGAGACCCGCAGCCCGGAGCAGACACCGAGCCGGGGACAACGACCCGUAGCCCAAAGCGGGCCCCUCGCACCGCCCCAGCUAACCAAACCGCGAGCCGGAGGACCAAGGCCGAAGGGUCAGAGCACGGGCGGGCAGCGCGGCGCGGCGGAGCCGUCAGCGAGUGCCCUCCGCCGUCGCCCCGCCAGCCCUGCUGCCCGCCGGCUCUGACCCGCUCUGUGUCCCCGCAGGUGCCCGCCGCCGCUGCUGCCGCCGGGAAGAGGCUGACGGCGCGGCCCCUGCCCUGCGCCCGGCGCCACUUCAGCCUCGGCUCCUCGAGGUUUGCUCCAGCGGUUACACAACAUGCCCCGUUCUUUAAGGGAACGGCCGUUGUUAACGGAGAGUUCAAGGAGCUGAGCCUGGAUGAUUUCAAGGGGAAAUAUCUAGUCCUCUUCUUCUAUCCCCUGGACUUCACCUUUGUCUGCCCCACAGAAAUUGUGGCUUUCAGCGACAAGGCAAAUGAGUUCCGUGACGUGAACUGCGACGUGGUGGCAGUUUCUGUGGAUUCUCACUUUUCUCAUCUGGCCUGGAUAAAUACUCCACGAAAGAGCGGCGGUUUGGGCAAAAUGAAUAUUCCUGUUCUGUCGGACCUCACCAAACAGAUCUCCCGUGAUUAUGGUGUGCUGCUAGAAGGACCUGGCAUAGCACUAAGAGGUCUGUUCAUCAUUGAUCCAAAUGGGAUCAUCAAGCACCUGAGUGUCAACGAUCUCCCCGUGGGUCGGAGCGUGGAGGAGACUCUCCGCUUGGUGAAAGCAUUCCAGUACGUGGAAACGCACGGAGAGGUUUGCCCAGCAAACUGGACUCCAGACUCCCCUACAAUCAAACCAAGCCCAGAAGGUUCUAAAGAGUAUUUUGAGAAAGUGAACAAAUAAACACUCAAAUGACGUGGACAAAAUGUAGGUACCAUGAACUGAGGAUGUUAGGAAGGAAGCUGUGAUUGUAAAAAAA